AUGGCCACUUCCAAGCUUCCAGCAAUCUUCAAAAGUGCUUUUCGCCCCCCGGACGGCACCUCGUGGACCGCCGGAGUUGACGUGAGCGAGUACUACCGCAGCUGGGGCUUCACCAUCUACCGCACCGCCUACGGCCCGGCCACCGACGCGCAGUGGCCCACCCUCCUCGACAAGAUCCGGGCCCAGGUUGCUUCCGAGAUAGACUGCUACGUUGAGGCCGGCGAGGAGGACGUCGCCGCACAGCUCAAGUCUCUCUUCGUCCUCGACGCCCGCUCCGACGCCGCCCUGCUCGCGGACAAGACCAUGGACGAGGUGCGCGAGAUUUACAAGCAGGCGGCGGUGGCCAGUCGCGGCCCCGGUGACGACGAUGACAACGAUGACAGCCAGUCGCUGCCCCUCAUGCACUACGGCCCUAACCAGCGCGCGUUCCUCCUUGCUGACGCCGAGGUGCUUGAGGGCGUCGACCGGGACCCCUACUUCUGGGUCAAGUGCGUCGAGGCUGAUUUCGCAGAGGCGGACAGCGCCGCGGCGGUCCGGGGGAGGGUUAGAGCAGCAGCCGGGCUGUGGUUUGGCUGGAUGAAGAUGACCACCCGCAGCGUCGUCGAUUUGUUUGCGGAGAUGCCGGUGCGCGAUCUGGCUAGCAUUGCGCCUGGUACGUGGACUGCGGACGAAAUGUCUGUGUACAACGGCGAGCUGACCGGGUCGUCGCUGACGAGCAAGAUCUCAAGCGGCAAGUGA